AUGAGUCAAUCAUCACUUUUGAUCCGCAGCGGAGUCUCCUCCAAUAGAUAUCGUAAGGCCCCUCAAUUGGAAGAUGAUAUCAUACGCAUACCGGAGUGUGAUCUCAAUGACGUCAAGGAGCGUUUCCGCCUCACGCUCAUUGGACGUGUUUUCCACAUCCGUGGAAGAAGCAGCGAUGCCCUGAUCAACCUUCUCCCUCGCCCCCGAAUCUGGAAUGUAGAGGGAAGAGUCCGUGGACUGAACUUCGGGAAUGGCCGCUUCCAAUUCGAUUUUGACAAAGAAGAGGACUUGCAGAUGGUCCUAAAUAAGCGCCCCUGUCAUUUCAACCAGUGGAGUUUCGCGCUGGAACGAGUCCCAGUUCAUUUCUGGAAUGAAAAAACUUUCACGGAGAUUGCUAACGCACUUGGACAAAAGCUCUCAGUCGAUGAAAAAAAAUCGCGAAUCCAAGUCUCCAUCGACGCGGACAAACCCCUACAAUUUGAACAAAGAAUAGGAUUCCCAAGUGGAGACAUCGGGAAAGUAACGCUAACGUAUGAUGAGGAAAGGGAGCUCAAGAGGAAGCUGCGACUGGAAAAUCUGGAGAACAAUGAGCAGUCAAGAUUCCCUAUUCAAGGUUCUCAAGGUUUUACCUCUCGGAAUCCGCUAAAGCGAGCCCGCUCCCCUACUAAUGGGAGACAUCCUAGUCCCUCGGCAACCUCAAGAUAUAGCGAGCUCAACCGUGAGGAGAAAAGAAGGAGAAGUGCGUCCUCGUCCUAUCAACCUCGUGAAGCUCGAGUCACCGAUACUCAUGCUAGAGAUCGUAAAAGUUCGAGCAGACAGGAGAACCACUACACUCAGCAUGGAAGGGAAGUAUGGAGCCGUCUGGAAAACCCAUCUAGGAGGAAGGAACUGCAAGGAUCACAAAGAGGACGCACCCCAAAUCACUCUGAACGGAACACCUCUCGCAAGGAGACGUCCCGCCCAAGCCACAAACCUUCCGCUGAAUGGCAACCACGACGUUUUUCUGGAGAACACAGAAAAAGAACAAGCAAUCACCUAGCACCUCGCCAGACGGAGGACGAACGUAUGGAAAGAUCUAGAGCUACUUUUGACUCUCAAAAGACUAUCACGGACAACCGUGUAUCCCUGGAAUCAGGAGAAAUAUUUGAAACCCAUCGAUCGGAAGUUGAUGUUGCAAUGGCAGAGGAGGAAAGGACCCGACGCCUCAAAGGCAAAGCCAUUGCCACCGGACCACCUUCGCCAAAGCACAAGACUCCCCGGCCCCUGCCAGCCGACGCACCUCAAGUCAAAAGGUAUGAUCAACCUUUAUUGGAACAAGAUGAUGCUAUUCUUGAUUUAGAAGAAGGUCUAGAUCAAGUCCUAGAUGCUCCUCUAACUGAGCUUGAAUCUGCUGAGGUUGAUAACCUAGUUCUGGAAAUGGAACAUCUUGAAAUGGCUGAGAAAAUGAUGGCUGAAAAUAAUAUAGAUGAGAAUAUGAUUGACUUGGAUAAUGAUGAUCUUCUUGGAGAUUCUCCUGACCUUGCUGAUGCAGAAAAAAUUGAGGCCAUUUCUCAGCUCUCUCCAGCAAAUGUUGUGACAAAGAAAGCAUCAUCUACAAGCAAGCAAUUAGAACUUGCAAAGACAGCCGCUUAUAUUCAAGAUGUCGCGCAGGCAUCAGGGUCGGAUGCCUACGUCCCAAAAGUCCUACUGAAGAAGAAGGACCCCCGGUCUCCUGAUAUAAAAGGAGCGAGUGCAUCCAAGAAACUCCAGGCUCUCGGUGGCCGCGCUUCCCCAAAGAAGAAGACUACACUGGGUAAACGCCCAUCAUCUACUUCGUCUAAGGUCCCUCGUAUUGAGGUGUUUCCUUCUGCUUCACACAAAAAAAUAUGUGUCCCUUUCAGGUUUGGUGGUGUCCCAGAAACCAUCCAGUAA